CGUCGAGCUCUUUCCCGCUUCUGGCGAUGUUCAUCCUCAGAGUUCAUUCCGUUGACUCCGAGCUACCAGUAUCAAUUGAAGAAGAAGAAUCAGGUUUCACCUACGCAUCGAAGAGAACUCAACCUCCUCUUAAGCUCAUUCAACCAUCUCUCAAACUCACCGAACGCAAAGGCUUGAUCCAUCUCUACCGCAACUCUUCACAUAGCUCGCUCCCUAACCCUAGCUCCCGAUCCACCACUCUCUUCAUCGUCGCUGUUCCCAAUUACAUGUCCUCUCUCGAUUUUAUCCGUUUCUGUGAUUCCCGCAUCUCCCAAGUCUCCGAUAUCCUCUUCAUCAGGAACGAUGGAAUGGAAGAUAGAUAUAGUGUUCUUAUCACACUCUCUGAUCAAUCCGAAGCAGAUGGUUUCUACAAUAACUUGAAUGGGAAAAAAUUUGCACCAUCUGAGGCUGAGGUUUGUCAUAUUCUCUAUGUAAUGUCGGUGGAACACACGGAAUUUGAUGAGGUUGCUGCAGAAGCACCUACUGGAUUUACCGAGUUACCUACUUGUCCAAUAUGUCUUGAGAGAUUAGAUCCUGACACCAGCGGUAUCGUCAGCACUCUUUGUGAUCACUCGUUUCAGUGUUCUUGUACUUCAAAAUGGACUUAUCUGUCCUGUCAGGUUUGUCGAUUGUGUCAACAACAAGAUGAGAUAUUAAGCUGUUCGGUUUGUGGAAAAACAGAGAAUGUUUGGGCAUGUCUUGUCUGUGGCUUCUUAGGUUGUGGAAGAUACAAGGAAGGGCAUUCUAUCAGGCACUGGAAAGAAACGCAUCACUGCUAUUCUUUUGAUUUGCGAACACAACAAAUCUGGGAUUAUGUUGGUGACAGCUAUGUUCAUCGGUUAAACCAUUCAAAAAUUGAUGGAAAGUCAGUAGAGAUGAACACCCGUUGUCUGUCACACGAAGGGGACUGUGGUCUCUGUGAGUGUAGUGAGGAUACAGGAAUUAGCGGAGCCAUCUUUAACAGCAAAGUUGAUUCAAUUGUAAUCGAGUAUAAUGACCUUCUUGCAAGUCAACUAAAGGGACAGCGACAGUACUAUGAAUCUCUCAUUGUUGAGGCGAGAAGCAAGCAGGAAACUUGUAUCGCCGAAGCAGUUGAGCAAAUUGUUGUUAACAAAAUGCAGGAGCUUCAGAAUGAGAUUGAAAAAUGUGAAGAGGAAAAAAGUGGUAUCACUGAAGUGAAUAGAAAACUUAUAAAAGAGCAGGAAACAUGGCGGAAGAAGGCCAAAGAAAUAGAAGAGAGGGAAGCUGCAUUGUUAGGAUCAAAAGACGAGAUGAUAGCUGAUCUUCAAGAACAGAUAAGAGAUAUUACGGUCUUCAUUGAAGCGAAGAAAACCUUAAAGAAGAUGUCAUCAGAUUCGGAUGGUAUACGCGAAGGAACCGUCUUACCAGUGCCUAUCAACGCCGAGCCAGUUUCCUCAGUUAGAAGGCAGAAGAAGCCAAACAGGAGAAACUAUCUUCUCCGCUCGUGUUCACCGUCUAACCUGAUAAUGUCGAUCUCCGCUCAAAAUCCGGCUAUUUCCGGCGAUAUACAAUCCGGUCAAGAUGAUUGUACUCAGGAAGUGAUGUCUUGCCAAGAUGUUUCAAAUAUUGCUAAGACCUCACUCGGUCCCGUUGGACUCGACCAGAUGGGUGCGGAUGAUAUUGGUGACGUGACCAUUGAAACUGACGGUGCUACUAUUCUUAGGAUGUUGGAGGUCGACCAGCCAGCUGCCAGUGUAUUUGAUAGAAUAAGAGAUCAAGCGACAGCUUGGCAUGCUGCUGCUUCAAAAAAUUUUAAGACCUCACUUGGUCCCGUCGGACUCGAUCGGAUGUGUGCGGAUGAUAUUGGUGACAUGACCGUUGAAACUGACAGUGCUACUAUUCUUAGGAUGUUGGAGGUCGAACAGCCAGCUGCCAGUGUAUUUGAUAGAAUAAGAGAUCAAGCGACAGCUUGGCAUGCUGCUGCUUCAAAAAAUUUUAAGACCUCACUUGGUCCCGUCGGACUCGAUCGGAUGUGUGCGGAUGAUAUUGGUGACAUGACCGUUGAAACUGACAGUGCUACUAUUCUUAGGAUGUUGGAGGUCGAACAGCCAGCUGCCAGUGUAUUUGAUAGAAUAAGAGAUCAAGCGACAGCUUGGCAUGCUGCUGCUUCAAAAAAUUUUAAGACCUCACUUGGUCCCUUCGGACUCGAUCGGAUGUGUGCGGAUGAUAUUGGUGACAUGACCGUUGAAACUGACAGUGCUACUAUUCUUAGGAUGUUGGAGGUCGAACAGCCAGCUGCCAGUGUAUUUGAUAGAAUAAGAGAUCAAGCGACAGCUUGGCAUGCUGCUGCUUCAAAAAAUUUUAAGACCUCACUUGGUCCCUUCGGACUCGAUCGGAUGCGUGCGGAUGAUAUUGGUGACAUGACCAUGGAAACUGACGCUGCUGCUAUUCUUAGGUUGUUGGAGGUCGAACUCCCAACUGCCAAGAUGCUUUAUGACCUACAGAUUCGCCAGGCAGAACUUUUUAAAUCUAAUGACUGAGAUGCUUUAUUCUAUACUCAUUUGAUUUUGAGUGUUUGCAUUUUUAACAUUUAACGAGUCGUAGUAUGACCUGA